AAAAAACUUCAAAAAUUUUGGAUGAUUAUGAGGUUCCAGAUUUUUUCAAGGACGACUUGUUUCGUUAUGCUGCUGAAAAGAGAAGACCUCCCUAUAGAUGGUUUGUCAUGGGUCCAGCCAGAUCAGGCACAGCCAUUCACAUUGACCCAAUUGGAACUUCAGCUUGGAAUGCUCUAAUUUCUGGCCACAAAAAAUGGUGCCUAAUUCACCCUUCUACACCCAAACAAUUAAUUAAACCAAAAACUGAAGAAACUAAAAAUCUUGUACACCCAGAUGAAGCAAUUACUUGGUUUGGAACUGUUUUUCCCCGAGUUUGUAGUCCACAUUGGAAUAAUGAACGUUUUCCUGUUAUUCAUGCAAUUCAGAGGCCAGGAGAGUUAAUGUUCGUUCCUUCCGGUUGGUGGCAUGUUGUAAUGAAUUUGGAGACGACUAUCGCUGUUACUCAAAAUUUUUGUUCUGUGGUUAAUUUACCUAAUGUUUGGCCUAAAUUAAUUAAACAUUGUGAUUCAUCAAGUUCAUCCUCUUCUUCUUAUGAUUCCUCUUCGGAUUCUGGUGUUGAAUAUUGUGAUGGAAAAUCAAAAAUGGGGGCAACAACAAAUUAUGAAAAAAUUAAUGACAAAAAUGGGCAAAAUUUAGAAAAGCAAAAUAAAGAAGAAUAUUAUCGAGGGACUAAAAGGUGUGUGGAAGCAUACUACUACUUCCCCUCAACAACAAAGUAAAAAUAAUAAUAAUUCUUCCAAUCACAACGGAAAUCGACAUUGUAAGGAAGAGAAGGAGAGAGAGCUG